GCCCAUUGGUAGACAUAGCCACACCUCACGGCUCUGAGGGAAGCCACAGACCUCAGCUGUACAAGCUGAGCCUGGACUAGACGAACUUUCCGCAGCACUCAGGACAAACAGCCCCACAGACACGACUGUCUGUGAACCUGAGCCACAGCCGUGGGCCGGCGGCGGCAGGUACGCGGUGCGUACCAGCGUCAGGGCCUGGGCGGUGCAGCAGCUGCGCGAGCGUCCCAGAAGUUCCCGAAGUCGGGGUGCCAGUGUGUGCGUGCCGGCCGGCCUGGGCGAGCCCCAUCCCUUCUCCGCCCCCCUGCAGCCGGCCUCGCUCCCGGGGAGCCUCCAACGCCGCCGGGCACGCCCGCCCCUCCCCUCCGGCCUCGGGCGCCCCUGGGCAGCCCGGCUCCGCGCUCGCGGCAGGACCUCCCCGCUGCCCGCUCCAGCCCGGAACAUGGCUGCGCGCCCCGCCACCACCCUCGCCUGGUCGCUGCUGCUCCUUUCCUCCACUCUGCUCCGCGGCGGCUGCGGGGCGCGCUUUGCAGCCGAGCCUGACUCUGAGGACGACGAAGAGGAGACGGUGGUUUUCCCCGAGUCGCCCCUGCAGCGACCCGCGGUGUUCGUGGCUAUCCUCGCCCGCAACGCUGCCCACACGCUGCCUCACUUUCUCGGCUGCCUGGAGCGGCUGGACUACCCCAAGAGCAGGAUGGCCAUCUGGGCAGCCACUGAUCACAACAUGGAUAAUACAACAGAAAUCCUCAGGGAGUGGUUGAAAAAUGUACAGAAACUCUAUCACUAUGUGGAGUGGAGGCCUAUGGAUGAACCAGAGUCUUAUCCUGACGAAAUUGGACCAAAGCACUGGCCAAGCUCCCGGUUUGCCCAUGUGAUGAAACUACGACAGGCAGCCCUUCGAACCGCGAGGGAAAAAUGGUCAGACUACAUUCUGUUCAUAGAUGUCGACAAUUUCCUGACUAAUCCACAGACCCUCAAUCUAAUGAUUGCAGAAAACAAAACCAUUGUGGCCCCUAUGCUGGAGUCUCGGAACCUGUACUCUAAUUUCUGGUGUGGAGUCACACCUCAGGGUUUCUAUAAACGGACCCCAGACUACCUUCAGAUUAGAGAGUGGAAGAGGACAGGCUGCUUUCCCGUCCCCAUGGUGCACUCCACAUUCCUGAUUGACCUCAGGAAGGAAGCCUCAGACAAACUGAUGUUCUACCCCCCGCACCAGGACUACACCUGGACCUUUGAUGACAUCAUCGUCUUUGCCUUCUCCAGCAGACAAGCAGGCAUCCAGAUGUACCUCUGCAACAGAGAGCACUAUGGCUAUCUGCCCAUCCCCCUGAAGCCCCACCAGACCCUGCAGGAGGACAUCGAGAAUCUCAUCCACGUGCAGAUAGAAGCAAUGAUUGACCAUCCUCCAAUGGAACCCUCCCAGUUUGUCUCAGUUGUCCCUAAAUAUCCAGACAAGAUGGGAUUUGACGAGAUUUUCAUGAUAAACCUCAAACGCAGAAAGGACAGGCGGGACCGGAUGCUGCGUACGCUGUAUGAACAGGAGAUCGACGUCAAGAUUGUCGAGGCUGUGGAUGGAAAGGCACUCAACACAAGCCAGCUGAAGUCCUGGAAUAUUGAAAUGCUGCCUGGUUAUCGAGACCCCUACUCCUCCAGGCCGCUGACCAGGGGUGAAAUUGGCUGCUUUCUUAGCCACUACUCUGUCUGGAAAGAGGUAAUUGACCGAGAACUUGAGAAGACUCUUGUUAUUGAGGAUGACGUACGUUUUGAGCAUCAGUUUAAGAAGAAGCUGAUAAAGCUGAUGGAUGACAUUGACCGGGCUCAGCUUGACUGGGAACUGAUUUAUAUUGGUAGGAAGAGGAUGCAAGUAAAAGAGCCUGAGAAAGCAGUGCCCAAUGUGUUGAAUCUGGUGGAAGCGGACUAUUCCUAUUGGACCCUGGGCUACGUCAUCUCUCUGGAAGGAGCACAGAAGCUGGUUGGAGCCGAUCCUUUUGGGAAGAUGCUGCCAGUGGACGAGUUUCUGCCGAUCAUGUACAACAAGCAUCCUGUGGCUGAGUACAAGGAGUAUUACGAAUCCAGGGACUUGAAAGCCUUCUCUGCAGAACCCUUGCUCAUCUACCCCACACACUACACGGGCCAGCCGGGCUAUCUGAGUGACACAGAGACAUCGACCAUCUGGGACAAUGAGACAGUGGCCACUGACUGGGACAGGACACAUUCCUGGGAGUCCCGGAAGCAAGGUCGCAUCCACCAUAGUGCCAAGAACACAGAGGCACUGCCACCACCAGCCUCCCUGGACACCGUGCCUUCAAGGGAUGAGCUCUGAAGGCUCCAUGGGAUCUUGACCCACACUGGUUCAUCAUCCUUUGGUUUUUCUUAAGGGCUGUUCAUCCGUUUGUUCCAGUUUCUUUUAGUUCUCACUGUUGUCUAACCGAAGUUACAUGUGACUGAUCAAAAUUAAUAUAUUUUUGACAGGGGAGGGGAAUAGGGAAAUUAAACCCUAAUUGCCUAGGUUGGCGGGAAGAUAGACUUUAUGGGAACCAUUAAGAUAAACUUCAAUCCAGACACCCAGGUUUCUGUUUGUUACCCAUGGGAUACUGCUUCCCACAUUAAGGUUGAUCAACAUGGCUCAGAGACUCACUCAGGAGAAGGAUGAUCACCAAGCCAUCUCAUCAACAAAUGGGUAGUGUAGGCAGCCAAGCCAACUGGACCACAGUUGAUGGUCUAACGGGCCCAUUUUAUAUGAAAGAUGUAACCUGAAAACUUGUGCAUGCAGCAGAUUUGAAAGAAACAUCAAACUAUUUAAAAUCAUAUUAAUUGGACUUUUUAUUCUAAGGAAUUUGGUCAUGAGCUCUAUUGCAAAGUGAAUUUUAGAUUUUACUCCUCCUAAUCCAAGGAGGAUGGGCUGUUUGGGUCUGGCUAAGACUCAGCCCUUGACUAUCAUGGCAACUGGAGCUCUUAUAAAGAGGUGUCCAGCUUGUCAUGUGGGUACAGUUUGGUAGAUAUUGGAGGAUUUGUGUAGUUAUUUGAGGAAAAAAAGAACCCAACCUCUGGCCUUUUUUUAUUGUGGUCCUAACUUGAGUUAGGAUGCUCUAUUUAUAAAGAUAAAUUUAAUAUAUAGGGGGUCAGGGCUGGGGUGUUGGAUUCCUGUCCCAGAGGUCCAUGUGCUGCUGCAAUACAUCAUCUUCUCCCUGCCACCCCUUGGUCUGGGAAUGAACCAGAUGUGAGUUUUACGAGUCCUGGUUAAAUGACAGAGCACAUUUUCAGAUGAAUUAUUUAUUUUACAAAAUGUGGGGAAAACAUUGUCUGUGGGAGAAGGCAGAGAAACAGAUGUUUCCAUCUUUCAUUGCACCCUGGAGAGUGGCCAGUGUAGACACACUGGUUCAGCAGUCCGGUUCUCCUACACCUCACUGCCUGACUCUUGCAGAGACCUAUUGCGUAGGGGUUUCUAACCAUUUGGGAACCAGUGAUUCUCCACUGAAGUCCAGAGACCUUGUCAGAAACAGUGGAUUGGUCAACUGAUGUAGGCCAACAACCAAAGAAGCCCUGGGAGCCAGAAUCCUGGACACACACCCUCUCUCCAAAGAGUCUCCUGUCUUAUUAAUCAAGAUGUAGCCUAAAACUCCUUUCUGCUUUCUUCAUACAAAAUGUAAAAUGCAGAGUUGGACUAUGUGGUCUCUUCCAACUCCACAAUCUGCAACCUUAGGAUAUCUCAUGAUGCCUUCCCUCAGGUUUAAAUUCUCAGGCCCCCAAGCAGUGAAACUUUGCCUCCAGAAAUACCCUCUCCAAGCACCCUGUACUGGCACCCUCCUCCCUCCACGCCCUUUCACCGUGGCAGCCAGGCAGUAGGGGCUCUGCAGGCUCAGCAACCUGAGUUUCACACUUAACUUGACAGGGAGGGCCCUUUGGAGCAGAGCCCACAGGAGUGGGGGUUGCUGCAUUGUCCCAAACUUAGUGCUCCCAAGGGAGGGUCCACCAGGCUGCAGGACAGCAAGGCACCUUGCCUUUCACAGGACACCAGCCUUGGCCUUCCUUUCUGACUUAUUGUCAUAUUCUACAUUGACUAAUAAGCCAGGAGACUGGGGAAAGGGAUCUUGUCCGACUCCAAUUUAUACUGCUUAGACAUGCGUGUCAGAGCUUGAGUUUUUUCUGUAAGAACAAAAAGAGCAUCUGGGUUCUCAUGAAAAAUCCUUAGGUGAUUCCUAACAUUUCCUUGUUUCCUUGGGUAUUUUGUAUUUUGUUUGCAUAUUUGAGUGUGUGCAAGUGUGCAUGGCUUUAGUGGCUUUAUUUUUAUUUUUAUUUUUAUUUUUAUUUUUUUUUUGAUGGAGUAGGAGAUGGCUGGGGUGUUGGAUAAUGGAGGAAGAUUGAGUUGAUUUUUGUGUUGUUGUGUUUAAUAAGAAAACAUUUUUUUUUUCCUUUUUCCAUCAGCUGGUCUGAUGGCUUUUAAAAGGCAUUGGUCUUAAAUUCUAGAAUUUUAGAAUAGGACUGCUCUACUGUGAAUAAAGUUCCAGCUCUGUUAGCCUGG